GCCUUGUCGGGAUGCACGUCGUUCCAUCUUCCACACACUCACGAUCUGGCUUCCCCUCGACCAUCUCUGCAGCUUUGAUGAAAGCAGUGGGUCAAAUAACGGCUUUAACACUGGAGCUGUGAAAAGCGAAAACGGGUGCUCCCGUCUGGUUGAAAGCGCAUCAUCUUGACCAGACAGCACAGCGAUAAUUUGCUGCAUUCUCUCUAAAAGAAACGUUUUGUUUUGGGAGAGUGUAAUUUGAUACCACAAAAACGCUGCAGUCGCCAUCAAUCCUCCAUAAUCAAAGCAAAAUGGUGCAAAAUAUGAUCAGCGAAGUCACUGGAUUCCAUAGCUCUUUCAAGGGCCAAAAUCCCUUUGAGACUGAUGAAUUCACAGAAAAUGGAUCCCUCCUUGAUUCCGACUUCAAUUUUGAGUCGUCGAAUAGACAUGAUAUUCCCUCCAGCCAACCUAUUGACAUCCCUGAUGCCAAGAAGAGAAAUAAGAAGAAAAAGCGUUGCAGGGCAACUGACAGCUUCUCUGGCCGAUUUGAGGAUGUCUACAGGCUGCAGGCAGAGGUUCUUGGAGAGGGGGCAUAUGCAAGAGUGCAGACCUGCAUCAACCUCAUCACCAAUAAAGAAUAUGCUGUGAAGAUCAUUGAGAAGAGACCAGGUCACAGCCGCAGUCGCGUCUUCAGGGAGGUGGAGAUGCUGUACCAGUGCCAGGGUCACAGAAACAUCCUGGAGCUGGUGGAGUUCUUCGAGGAGGAAGACAAGUUUUACUUGGUGUUUGAAAUGCUAAGAGGAGGUUCGGUCCUGGCUCACAUCCACAGGAGACAACACUUUAGCGAGCAGGAAGCCUGCGUUGUGGUGCAGGACAUCGCCAGCGCUCUGGAUUUCCUGCAUAACAAAGGAAUGGCACAUAGAGAUCUGAAGCCGGAAAACAUCUUGUGUGAGCAUGUGGACAAGAUCUCUCCUGUGAAGAUCUGUGACUUUGACCUGGGCAGUGGGAUCAAGCUGAACAGCGACAGCUCACCCAUCUCCACCCCAGAGCUCCUUACUCCGUGUGGCUCAGCAGAGUACAUGGCCCCUGAGGUGGUGGAGGCCUUCAGUGAGGAGGCCACCAACUAUGACAAGCGCUGUGACCUGUGGAGCCUGGGGGUCAUCCUUUACAUCCUGCUGAGCGGCUACCCGCCCUUUGUGGGCCGCUGCGGCAGUGACUGUGGCUGGGAUAUGGGAGAACCGUGCCACACAUGCCAGAACACGUUGUUCGAGAGUAUCCAGGAAGGGAAGUAUGAGUUUCCUGAGAAAGACUGGGCUCACAUCUCCUCAAGUGCCAAAGACCUGAUCUCCAAACUGCUUGUUCGGGACGCCAAGAACCGCCUGAGUGCCGGCCAGGUCCUGCAGCACCCAUGGGUGCAGGGGGGCUUCUCUGACACUCUGCCAACAUCUAUCCUACAUCAAAGAAACAGUGCCAAGGACCUGACGUUCUUUGCUGGCAAGGCGGUGGCCAUGAACCGGCAAUUGGCUGAGCAGGCUGUGAUGGAGGAGCAGCAGCAGCUUGAUGAGGCUCCCAUGGUCAUCACAGCCAGCUCCGCCUCCAUGCGCCUCUCCCCUCCAUCCAACUCAAAGCUGGCCAAGCGCAGGCAGAGGGGCAGCCUCUUGAAGACUGGGCCCGUCUCUGCCUCUGAGCUCAGUCAGCUCCUCACCCCCCUCGUCAUCACGUCAUCAUGUGCCUAAACAACCACCUUUGCCCACCCCCAACUCAGAUCUCUAGACGACUGCUCAGCCUGGCCUCUACCUGACCGCAGCUCUUCAGCCACACUGACUGCAGGCAUGUCCCCAUCUUUAACAGGAGACCGCUACCAUGCCUGCUCUCUGUUUCCUAACUGCCUUCUGCCCCACAGCAGCACUUAUAAAGCACAUCAGCCAGGGCAUGCAUACGCAUGCACAUCCAGCCUACUGGGAGGUGGAUGGGAGGGCUCUUCAAACUCUGUUUUUAUUUCGUUAAGUCUAAGGCAGAACGUUUGAACCAAGCUCAGACACCAAAGGACUACCUGUUGUGCUGCUUUCACGUUAUAACUAGAUCAACUGUGACUUAAGUUUACCUGGAAUGUUCUCUUUGCCUGUAUGUGUAUGCAUGAAUGCCCCAUCAGCAGAUGCAUACAUGCUUAUGCAAUAGCCAAGAUGAUGUGGAGGGAUUCAGUGUAGAGUUCAGAAUGCUGGAAGCGGAUGCUGUUAGGUCCUGGUGUAGUCCAUUGUUUGGCUGGGACUUUCAAAGCUUUCAGAUUAUUUUACUUUAUCUUAAUGGAUAAAUUCCUCUUCAACUGAGCCUCUCUAGAAGGUUUUAAGCCCACAGUACAAAACAUUGUGGCUGUGCACUUGAGCCUCUAGUACCAGAGAAUGUGUAUCUAUAACCAGCCCUUAUUACGCUGCAAUGUCUACCAAUUCAGUUUCAUAGAUGAAAUGAACUAUGCCAAACUAGCACUGGCCAUGCAUCAUUCAACAUUCAUUCCUCCUGAAUUUCUACAAUGCAAUAUGGGUUGAAUUCCAUUUGUUUCGCCUGCCUCUGCAAGAGACUUUAUGCACCAACCCAAAGUUGUUGGUGCAUGUAACUAAUUUGAUACCAGACAGGUAUAUUACAAGGCAGGACAAAUAAAUUAGCCAGCUAACUUUGAUUAAAAAUCAGAACUUGAUUUCUUGUUCAUUUAAGAAAGCUAAACGUAAUGUUUUUGGGGGUUUAGUCACUAACCAUGUUUCCAUCCUAACUUUAUAUGCAUUUAAAAAAAAAAUGUAAUGGCUUGUCUGUCACAGCAGGCCUGAUGGAAACGGUGAACAACAAAUGCUUAAACAAAAUAUGAUAGACAAGGUGAGAUUUGUCAGUACAAUUUAUGUGAGGAGAUGGCGACGCAAAUAUUGAUAUAUUGUAGUAAACUUGGAGUCAUGCGAUAUGUUGUGGUCGGCCCACUACGACUCAUCACAGAAUGCAGUUUAUUAGGCUACAGAUGACAAGUUAUGAUUAACUUCACAAGGUGGAGAAAGAUCAUGCAGUGAUUUGAUUGCUCCUUUCCAAUAAUAUUGAGGGUCUUAUUCUGGAAACAUGAUGAUGGUGCUUGGCUGCUUUUUGACACAUCUUGCUAUUUCGUCCAUAAUCUUAUGUAGGCUAUCCUACCAGCACUCUAUAUGCAAGCUGUUGACUAGAGCACAUGUAUCAAGACCAGUGGGCAUAUUUGCAAUAACACCAUUUUUAUUUUGACAAAACCAUCAGUUGCAAAUGCGAUGGAAACUUGAAUUUGGUACAUGGGAAUUUAACCGCAAACGUUAUUUUUAUGUGCACUACGUCAUCACGUACAGCAUUUUUAUCCUCAACAGGUCAACUUGAUGGAAACCCAUCUCUGGGGAAAAUGCGUGUAUUUGUUUUUAUGCAAAGUUUCAGAAUAUUUAUAUAACUCUGUUGCCAGUUGGAUGGAAACCUAGCUAAUGAGACUUCCCAUUUCAAGCUUCUCUUUCAAAAAGAAAAGUAAUUUUUGAACAUUUAGGCACGUUAGCUGGCUAACUCCUUGAUCCAGCUUAGUUGUAUACCCCGCUGACAUUUCAACGGGGUUUGCCUGACGCUACCCUCGCUUAAAAAUGGCAAAUUUGGUUCCCCAUACUAAGUUGUGAACAUCUAAAUGGUCUGAUGACAUCUAAUACAUCUUCAGUAAUUUGACUGCUGGUUAGUGUGAAGUAAUUUUAUGCCAUGGCUGUCAUAACCUGUCAAGCAUAGCAGGGGUAGAAAAGCACAUUUUGGCUGCUGUGACUUAGCUAUUGUAUUUGGAUUUGAAACCUGAGCUCAGAACAAUCAGGCUUUUCCGUUAAGAGGGUAACCUGAUACUGUCCUUUUAUAAUGUGACACACCCUCUCAGAAUGAUUCUAAACUGCAUCAUAACUUUGCAUAAAACAUGGUGAAGGAGACUAUUGGGGGGGGGGGGGGGGGAUUAUACAAAAUGGAAAAGCAUUCCGAAGAAAAUAACUAUUCUGAGGCCAUGUAGCUGUAAUUAAUCAGUUCUUUUCAAAAAGUUUACUUUGUUUAACUCUAUGUCAAUGUUUAAAUGUGCCACUGAUAUUUUAGUUUUUUUUUUAUGUCAACCUGCAUGUGGUGUUCAGGUGGAAUACUGGAUUUAUUAAGUGUUGAUGGGGGAUUUUUAUUUUUUUAUUAAACAUUUAUUUGUAUCUGGAGCAAAAUAAUGAAGGCUUAUACUGUUUUGUAUGUGAAAAGUGUUGGUAACUAUCUGUUUGGAAACAAGUUAGGCUCUUUCUGAAAUUUGAACAAUUAUUUUAUGGUGAUGGUCUCAAGACACUGUAGCCAUUUGCCAAAGAGGGUAAAAGUCAUGAAAACAAGUGUUUUGUUUUUUUACCUGAGGUUUCUCACAGGUUUAUGACACGAGCAUGCAUUCUCAAGGAGUAAAACUACUAAACUUAUGAAUGUCCAUGUGGUGUUGCCAGCACCGCAGUGUGGUACUCUUGGGGGGGGGGGGGGGGGAUAAUGACGUCAUAUGGCCCACUAUGCUGAUAAUAGGACACUGAUUGUAAUCUUUUAAAGAAACCUUCUACCAAUGCAUCUUUGUGGGGUUUUAUGUCUUAUAGUAAGACUUACUUGAAUUUGUAAUAUGCAGCUGUUUUCUUUGUUUGUGAAACUACCAUGCUAUCAAGAAUAUGAACAAAAGCAUUAAGCUAAGUAAGGGGGUCUUUAGGGUUUUGAAAAUACAUAUUCAAAUCAGUUUCUACUUUAAAACAAUAUCAAAUAUGUUUCUCUACGUUUUGUUAGGGUUGGGAUUCUCAGAAAUGCAGAAAGACUUUGGUAGUACUCUUAAUUCUAUCUAAGGUAUGAGUUACCUUCGUCAUAAUCAUUUCUACUUUUACCCAAUGCAGUAGUUUAGGACUGCCUUUUUAUUUGGAGAGAAUGAAUACAAGCUAUCCCUAGCGUCUUCUUUUUAGCUUUUUGUAAUACCUUUUUAUAAAGUCAUCUGGACAGUCAUAAUCCACUUCCCCACAAUUUGAAUGUAGCCCACCGGCAAUGCAUUUUAACGUUGAAAUUAAAUAAACAUUUUUAUAAAUAGUUGAGUUUGAGGGAGGUAACAUGUAGAUUUGCUUUUCUACCAUGUGGUUAUGAUAUCCUCAAGCCUUGAGGCUUCUCUUGAGUGUUGUUGAUACUUGUUUUUAACCUCUCCCAGCCCAAAAAUAUGGAUGGAAAAAUGUUUGAAAGUACAUAUUACAUCAGACAAACAUUGAUUUUUAAAUAAGCACUUUACUGUACCAUGUGACUGAUUUUGCAGUUCACGUAAAGCAACAUUUGACUGGAGAAUUUUGUGUUUUUCUAAAGAUACAAUAAAAAUGCUUUGAACCACUUA